GACGGCCAGGUCGCGGCGGCGGGCAAGUUCCGCGCCGAGGGCCGCGUGCCCGCGCUGACCUGGGGCGACGCGCGCGACGGCGCGAGCGUCUGGCGCGCGUCGCAGCCCAAGGUCGGCGUCGCCGGCGCGACGUCCGCGUCCGACGAGGCGCUCGUGCGGGCCAUCGCGUCGGCCGACGGCGGCGAGCGGCGCGCGCGGUCGCGGCCCCUCUGCGAGAUCAUCGACUGCCGCCCGCGGAGCUCGGCGUCGGCGAACAAGCUCGGGGGCUACGGCACGGAGGACCGCGACCGCUACAAAGAGUGCCGGCUCUCGUUCGCGGGCCGAUCAUCUCUCGGAACGGUCUCGAAGCGUGGAUGCUUUCUCCGGAACGCGUGCGCGCGGAACACUCACGUUGAAGCGACGUUGAAUAUCUCUUGUGCUGCCCAGGCGGCCGUGCGGCGGCUCCUCCGCGCCGCGUGGCACGUCGCGGACCGCGCGCACCGGCGGCGCUGCCGCGUGCUCGUCCACUGCUCCCACGGCUGGGACCGCACGUCCCAGGUCGCCGCCCUGGCCCAGCUCCUGCUGGACGCCGAGUGCCGGACCAUGCGGGGCUUCGCGCGGCUGGUGGAGAAGGACUUUGUGGCCUUCGGCCACCCGUUCGCGACGCGGCUCGCGCACGGCCGCGAGCGGGGCGGCGACCGGGGCGCCGACGACCAGGCGGCGCCGAUUUUGGUGCAGUUCCUCGACGCGGCCUUCCAGCUCACGGCGCUCUUCCCCGAGCACUUCGAGUUCGGGUCCGCGUACCUCGUCGCCGUCGCGGACGCGGCCCACGGCUGCCGCUUCGGCACGUUCCUCUUCGACACGGAGGGCGACCGCGAGGCCCACGCGCCCCACGCGCCGAGCCUCUGGGCCUACCUGGACCACAACAGGGCCCACUUCGCGAGCGCGGCGUACCGGCCGCCGGCGCCGGACCUCGCGGCGCGCGCGCCGACGUCGGAGCACGCGCUCCUGCCGCCGCUCACCGUCGUCCUCCGGGGCGUCGGCCUCUGGCGCGACUACUUCCUGCGCUACUCGCCC